AGUUUGAACCAAAAUUAACAAUUGGGAAAGAGUUGGUUAUGAAGUCAACAAAAGUCGUCGAAUUAAAGAUCCCUAGUCAGAAUUCGGCUCGAUAUGACACACAAAGCAUGAACAGAGCUUCCAUGGCUUCUAGAUCUCAGUUGGGUUCUUCAAGUCCUAUCUCAGAGUCUCGCUCUAUAGGUUGUGAACAAUUUCCUAAUAUCCUAAGCAUACUGUCUAAAAAGCCAUCGGAGAGGGGUAAGAAAGAGAUCCAGGAAUUAUACGAGUACUUCCACAAAGAAGGUAACAGCUUCUUAGACAAACAAGAGAAGGAAAACGGUCGCAGAUGAGUCGAUAUGAUACUAAGAGAAAUAAGACUCCUCUGUUGGAAUAAUGCACUUAAGGACAGUAUUGAAGAAGAGAAAGAAAUAAUCCCAGCUGGACAAAACAUAAUUGAAUUUGGAGAAAUUGGGACAUGAUUUUACAUAAUUCUCAAAGGAAAGGUUGAAGUAAGAGUUCCAGUGGACAUAGGGCCUCGUAUGUUUACUCUCAAGGAGCUCUGCUUGUACAUAAUCGAUAAUAAUAGAUGGUUAAUCAGAGAUGGAGAGUACGAAAGAGCUCUAUCUUCAAUCCACAUGUACAUUCCAGAUGCUACAGUUUGGACUAAAUAAGAAGUUUGAGAUUAAUGCAAAAGAAAUACACAAGAUGCUGCAAAAAUGCUCUGAAAGCAAGCAUGUCAGUGCUUGGUGAGAGUUAGAGGAAUUUCCAUCUUUUCCUAGUGCUGAGCACAGAAAAUCUCUGUAUAGUAAGGCCAACAGAAGUAAUAAACCAGUAAAAUCUGAUGGUAAAAGAUCUUUCAAAUUUACACUUCUGACUAAAGUAUCUGAUCUAUCUGAAGGAGUAGGAUUCGGAGAGCUUGCUCUUCUGAACAAAGAACCUCGAAGUGCCACAAUCACCACAGCUACUGAGAGCAUUUUUGCUUAUCUUGAAAAGGCAACCUUUAAGGAAGUUAUGGGCAAUACUUACAAAAGGAAGAUCACUGAUCAAAUGAAGUUGAUCGAAAAUUUUAUGAUCAUCAACCUUCUACCUGAGAAAAAGCAAGAAAGAGCAUGAAUCUUGAUGAGGCCUCACCCCAUAAAGUUUGGAAAGAUGCUGAUUCAGGAAGGAGAGCCAUCUAAGUACAUUUAUUUGAUCAUAAACGGACAAUUUGAGCUAAACAAAACCUUAUUCUAUAAGCAUAAAUAAGCAGUAUGCAAAAGAGAUUGAUGAAACAAGCUUCAUUUAUAGCCAAUAUUUUAGCAAAAAUAAACGUAUUGCGGCUCAUUCUGCAGACAAUAGUAUUGUCUCUAACAAAGAAAUCUCUUAUCAAGAAUUCAAACAAUCAACAAAAGGUUACAUGAAAUCUAUUGCAAGACUUCUCUGAUUUGACAGAUUUGAGAUACUGGGUCUAAUAGAAUGAGCCCUUGGGUGUCCUUAUAGCGUAUUUGAUGUCAAGUGACUCUCAAAUGAUUCUGAAGUAUACAAAAUUCGUAUUGAAGAUUUUAAUAAUAUCAUCCAUAAUAACAAAGAAAUCACUGAAACUAUACAAAAGAAGAUCAGCUUGUUGGAUAAUAGGAUCCAUGAGAUUAUUGACAGAAUUAUUCAGAAAAACCAGCAGGAUUUCAUCAUGCAUGCCCCCUCUCUCCUAAAAAAUGUAGAAAAGCCUCAAAGAUCAAAUACUAGAAUCAAUCUUGGGACAAAAGACCUCUUCCCAGGAUUUGAGAAGCUGAGUUCUAAGAACAUACUCGAUUUGCAUGAAGUACCUCAGCCUAAAUUAAUCAGAAAAACGACAUACAUGGACUUUCGAGAUAAUGGAGCCCAUAAACCUAUGAAACUAGUGAAUAACCCCCCUCAGACAGUCACAAAUAAAGUAAUAGUUGACUCUAAGCAGAUAAGUGAGCUACUGAUCCGUAAAAAGACGUUGAGAGAAUCCAAACUCAAGUUUUCUCUUGCAGAUUCUUUGAAAAGAGAUGAGACUGGAAAAUUUUCAAGAGAUUUUUCCAAAGAUUUCACCGAAAGCCUGUCAUUUGCUAUGAAGAAGUUUAGAGUAGGAAAUCACAUUGCUGAAGUAAGCCACAGCUCAUUUAACUCCUCUAAUAUUGAGGAGUUAAAGAAUGAGUCAGAGUCUUCUCAAGGAAGCGAUCUUGAUAUGGACAUCCUCAGGUUGCAAAAAUCUAGGAAAAACAUGAGCAAGGCCAAGACAAGGCCUCCUAAUUGUAAUACUAAUGUGAGAAAACGGGCUAACGAAGACCUUAAAAUAAGAUCUGCACUUCUAUCACCAAAGCCAUUGAGUACGUUCAUUGAAAGCUCCAAGAGUGGCACCUCAAAUGUUCAGACUCCUCUUCUGAAAGGAAAUAGUGCAUUAGGAUCAAGUAACAAAAAUACCAAGGAGUCUUAUAAGCCAAUCACUCAAAAGAGAUAUCAGUUGGAUGCAGCCAAUAGGAGAUUAAUUAAAAACAAAAGUGUGAGACUUCUAAGGGCUCCAUUUUCACCCAAGAAUUACUCUAAGGAUCAUCAGAGUCCUUGAAAGAAAGUUGGAAUAAUUCACUUUAAGAUCUGUAAAUCACUAGGAGGUUUGUUCUCUAGCAAAUUUUCUCCAAAGCAUAACCAAGAAGCAUUGAAGAGCCCACAGAUUCGGAUUCAGAAGGACCUUAUCUCACCACGCAAGAAUGUAUUUGCGAAAUAUACUCCCAAAGUAUGUCCGGAAACUAUGAAAGAGUACUUGAACAGCCCAACCUAUAAAGGGUCUCAAACUACGAAGAUAUCUACUUUUAGCUCUCAGAGAAAGUUGAGGAGGUCCAAAAAUAUCAGGAAAAAUCUUCCAAAUCUAAACUUCAAGAAGGCUCAAGGCCAAGUCUUGAAAGAUUGGCUAAAGAAAGCCUUCAGCUUUGAUGAUAAACAAGAGUGAACAGACUCUAGUCUGGGAGACAAGCUAGGAAGCUGGACUUGGAUCAGGCCUAGCAAGAUGAAAGACCCAAGAUAUCUUAGGUUUCAGACAUCCACAAAAACUUCUAAACCUAAAUCUAAGAAGCUGAAAAUCUUACCUAAGACAGAAGGAACUAACAAGGAGUUUAAUAAAUUAUGCUAA